AUGAUUAAACAAUAUUGGUUGGAAUAUUAGCAAUUUACAAUAGGGUUUUCUUAAAUAAUCCUUUCUCGAGACUCUAAAUAUUUAUGGAUAUUCGUUGAAGUAGUAGGUCAUUUUUAAAGAUUGGCAUUAUUGUUCCUAUUCAAAGUAAUAAUUGAAAUCCUUCAAGUAAGACUAUAUAAUAAGCAAAUUGAAACAACAGAUUCUUAUUCAUUAUUUGAAUUGAUUUCAAAAUUAUGUGUUCCAUCAAUUUUAAUUCUUGAAAGUGUGCCUAAUUCAGGAAUAAUUGGAUUUUAAUUUGUGAUAAUCCUAAUCCUAUAUGCACCUGUUUGUGUUAAUAUAAUUGCAAUGCAUAAGGAAUACUUUGAAUAUAGUACAAUAAAGCAUCGUUCAUCAAUUGAUGAACAAAAUAAUUUGAAUUGUAUGAGUUAACUUUUGAUUAGAUAAUCUAACCUUGUUGAAUAGAUCCUAUAAUAUGCACAAUUAUAUUGAAUAUUUUAUGUAAAAGUAAUUGAUGGGAAAUGAAUAGAAUUCAUUCUAGUAACUAGAGAAAUUUGUAAUGGCUUCUCUAUUGAAUAUAUUUCCACAUAUUUUGGUGAUUCCAUUAAUGGUUUGGAAUUUUAUUAUUUGGCAGAUAGUUUUUAGAGAUGAAAGUUUAAGUGAUACUCUUUAUGGAUUGAUGAUAUUUUUUAAUGUACUUACAAAUAUAGGAGCAUUAUUAGCAUGGAAUAUAUCAAUGCAUAUUUAAAAAACAUAUACAAUAAGAGAUAAUAAUCAUUUACGAUUAGUUUAAUCAUUCUGGUUUAAUCUUUAAUAAAUCAUAAUAGUAAUUCCAAUACUUAUUUAAUGGUUUUAUUUGUUGAUUAAUCUGGAUAAUGAUUUUGAUCAAACAUCAACUCAUUACUACUUAAAUAAUACCAUAAUAUUAAUAUUAUAAGUAGGAAUAUUGAUUGAAUUCUUUAUAUGUCAUCCUUACAUGUAAGAUUACAAGGUUUAAACAAUCUUAAUAGCAUUACCAUUUACUAUUUCAGUCAUAAUAUCAUUGUAUUUUUAGCAUAAUCAAAUUCAAGUGAUUUCAAUUGCCUUGAUUACAGUCCCUUUAUCAUCUAGAUUAUUGAAUGAAAUCAAAGCCUAUUUGAAUGAAGAGAUUUUAUAUAAUUCUCAAUACAAAGAAAAAUCUGGAUCAAGAAGUAGGGCAUAAUCUAGAACUGGUUUAUUGAUGGAAGAAGAAGAGUAAUUUGUAAUAGAAAAGGAAAUUAAUAAACAAAAAUAAACAUAACUUGAAUACUUACAGAAUAUGAAUACAAAAUAUUUUAUUCAUUAUUUGAGAUUAGUAGAUUUAAUGAAUCUUGAUGAUUAAUAGUCAAUUGAAAAAGAUGCAUCUGUCAUUAAUAUAAACAGAUCUAAAUUUAUUUUGAACAUAAUUGUUUUAUUAAAGUAACACAUCAAUUAAUGUGAAAAUGUUUACUGUUAUUGUAAAGGAUUUAGAGGAGAAAAACGAAAUAUAAUUGAAAAUAAUUAUCAAAGUUUAGAGAUGAGAAUAUAUUAUCAUAUAAAAAUAUCAAACCUCACUAUUUAAGUUGAGUUAAUUAAAAGAUACAUUAGACAUUAUGCAAAAUUGAUUUUUGAAUUAGAAAAAGAAAAAGAAGACUAUGAUAUAAUAAGAAUAACAUAAUUACUUACAUAUUUAAGUAGUUCUGAAGAAUGUUAUUAAAUAUUACUAUUGAUAAUGGAAAUGAAGGAAAAGAUUAAAAACAAGAAUCGUAUUACUUCAUCUGUUGCUAUGGCAGUACUUCUUAGUUAUACAAAACAUUAGAUUUUACUUAAAAUGAAUCCUUAAGUUAAAAUAGAAGAAGUUGAGGCUGCUUUAUAAUAUAAGGAUUAUAGAGUUACUGAAGUAAGAAGAGAUAAAUUGAUUUCAAAUAUGUUUUUAAAUGUCUAAAGAAAAUAUGAAUUCAUUAAAUAAUUGGUGGAUAACAAAUUUAAUUAUGAAACCUUAUAUCAAUUAUUGAAUGACAUGGUUAAUUACAAUUUAGAAAUUAUAAAUAAGAUUGAAUAAUUCAAUGAAUUCUCUUAAUCAAGAUCUUCAUUAUUAAUAUAUAUGUUUUAUUGUUUAGAAAUUGUUAAUGAUUUUGAUAAAUUCAUACGUUUAAGAAAUUAGUUAAAAACAAAAAAUUUUAAGUUUUUUGAAUAUAGUGGUUCUCAUAGUUAAAAAGUUUGUUAUUUAAAAAUUAAUUUAGCAAGACAUGCAAAAAAAGGUAAAAUUUCAAGAGGUGAGAUCAUUUAAUUCUCUAAUAAUGCUCCUCAUAUGUUUGGUUAUUAAUAAAGGGAAUUUUAAGAAGAAAUUUUAACAGUUCAUUAAUUAGUUGCACCUCAUUUAUCAACUAUUCAUGAUUAAUUAAUGGAAAUCUUUCUCUUGACUAAUAGACCAUUCAUUUUAAGGAAGAAGAGAGGACUUUUGGCUUCCAAAAAAAAUAGAGAUUUAUUGUUUGUUGAAAUGUUUAUUGAUGUUUGUUUUAAUAUCACUGGAGAUUUGUUUCCUAUAUAUAGUUUCAUCAAAUAAAUAUAAUCUGAUGGUGCUUAUGAAAACAUUAAAGGACAUAUAUAUUUGAAUAAUGAAUUGAAAAUAGAAGGAGUUACUACUAUGGCACUUGAACAAUUUAAAUUGAAAGAUGGUAAAAGUCUAUACAAGAUGAAAUUGAGUCAUCUUAUCUAAAAUCCUAAAAAAUACUUAGAACUUUUGAAUGAAAAGGAAAAAUAAUUUUAUUAAUAAGAAUUAUAAAGAUUAGAAUUAAAUAGUUGUUCAUAAUAAUUUAAUUAUUCUGAAACUGAAUAAUUAUUAAAUCAUUUUUCAGUUACAGCAGAAGAUAUUUUAUUCAGAAUACCUAAAGAAAAUGGAGUACCAGAUAUCUUUUGUAUUACUUGUAGAUUUAUUAUGACUUUAUCAAAAAUUAAUGGAAAAGAACAUAAAUCAUUUACAGUAGAAUUUUUAAAAAUUACAUUUGCAGAUAAUAUGAGUUAAAUUUGGGUAGAUUCAUCAAGAAAUCUUUAAUCUAGAUCUAGAACAGAAACUAAUUUUGAAAUUUCAUAAAAUCAUGAUCCAAUGGAUAGUGAAUAAUAAAAAUCACAAUCUUAAUUUUCUGAUAGUGAAUAAAGAUGUGAAUUUUCAAAUAUUUCAGAAAAAUAAGAAAAUUAAUAAUCAAUACAUUUUUAAGAAUAUCAAUUUUAAAUUGGUCCUCAUAUUUAAAGUCCUUUUGAUUCUUAAAGAGAUUUGUUGUCUUUAAUAAGUAAUCAAAACAAUAUUUAACCUUUUGAUUAACAAAUAAUAAGUGUUUAAAUUGAUGGAUAGAGUUUACAAUAAUUAAGAGUUGAAUAGAGAAUAGUAGAAAAAACUUAAAAUAAAAUAAAAUAUUAAUAAUCAUAUUAUCAUAAAAAAAUAUCUAAGAAAUCUUUUGAAAUAGAUAAUAAUCAAUCAGAAAAUAAUUAAAUAGAAAAAGAAUAAGAAUAAGAAAUUAGAAUUACUUAAACACCUACUACAUAAAACAAUGGCAUACCUUCAAUGUUAUAAAAAACACAUUUAUAUAGUAAAUUUUCAUCAUCUGAUAAUAAUCCUAGAUUAAUUAAUUUAAUAUUUAUGAUAGAUAUUUUAAAUCUAUCAUUAUUAGUUAGUUUGGCAUUUAUCUUUUAUUUUAAUUUUAAAUUUAAAUUAUAAGAUAAUAUGAAAAUAGUUGAUAUAUUAAGAGCAUUUGUUACCACAGAUUAUACUAAAAAUACUUUAUUAGCAUUAGGAAUUGAUAUAAACACAAAAGAUUAUGAUUCAUCUAUUAAAUCUUAAUAUUAAGCUAAAUUAUUAGAACAACUUUAAGAGAAUUGUAGAAAUUAUUUAUCUCAUUAUCAACAAUAUUUAGAUGAUAGUCUUGUAAAAACAACACUCUCAGAAAUCUAUAUUAAUUAAUUUGAUUAUUAUAGUGGAAAAGAAUAGUAAGUAAGUGCUUGGACUGAAUAAUUUUAUGUUAUAUACAUGUAAUAAGGACUUUAUGGAAUUAAUCUAACAAAUUAAACAACUAUAGAAAAAUAUAAUAAUUCUCUUGGUUCAUUAAUCAGUUAAUAUUCUGUUCAUAAAGAAGCUUAUGAAGAAUUAACAUUAAAAUUUUAAUAAUAAAUAGAUACUAAUGUUUCAGAUCUUGAAAGUUAAUAAGAUAUUUGUUUAAUUAUCUUUUUAGUAAAUGAAUUUAUUCUUAUAAUUGGAUAUUCUGUUGUGUUUCAUUAAUUAUUUCGAUUACUCAAUAGGAUUCUUAGGAGUUGUGAAUAAAUAUCAUUUAAAGCAUUAGAAACUGAAUCAAUUAGGUUAUUAUCUCUAUAACAUCGUUAUCAAUAACCUUCUGAUCUUAAUUUAUACAAGUAUUAAUUUUAAUUUAAGGAUAAAUGCAGUAUAAAUACUAAUUUUAAUGAUAUGUUUACAAAUAAACGAAUAUCAAUGAGAUUUUAAUAAAUUGUAUAAUAAUAAGAGUAAAAGAAAUAAUUUAUUAUAUCUGAUGAAAAACCAUAUCUUUAGAGAUUAUUUUUUUUAGUUGAAUCUGUUACAUUAUUGAUUGGAUUAGCAUACUUUUUAACUGUAAAAGUGUUUAAUUCUUCAAAUAUUAUUGAUCUAAAAAAUAAUCUGGAUUUAUUUAAUUAAAAUAUUUUGUAUACAGAAUAAUUCUAUUAAAUGAUGAUGACAGAUCAAAUAUUAUAAAAAUAUGCUUAAUCUCAUUCUAAUCUUGCAAUUGGAAAUAUUAUUAUAUCAUAAUAUUAGACUUUGAUUUAAGAAUCAUAUAAUUAGGUUGUAUAUAUUAGUUCAAUGAUAACUUCAGAAACAAAAGAAAAUUAUUAUGAUUUAUUGCAAUAUUUGACUAAUGAUUCAUGUGUUUUAAUUGAUGAUCCUCUUUGUUCUAUUGUGAUUGAUGGAAAAUUAACUGAAGGAUUGAUUUAUUCAACAAAUUAUUUUGUUGACAUAGUUGGUGAAAAUAUAUAAAAUAAUUAUGAAUAUGGAAAAUUAAUAUAAUUAACAGAAUUAGAUUUAAUUGGAUUAAAUUUUGUAAGUGAAGCCUUUGAUAAUAUAAUGGAUUAAGGAUAAACAAAUUUAAUUAAUAAACUUGAAGCAGAAAUCUAAUUAAGAACAAUACUAUUUUCAGUUUUUAUGUCUAUAUUUAUUAUUUAAUAGAUUUUAACAUCAUUUUUAUUAUAUAGAUUUUUUAGAAAUCGUUUUUAUAAAAUAAGAUAAUUACCAUAUGUAUUACCACCCUAAUCAGUCUAUGGAGAAGAUAGUUUCCUCAAAACUUUGGUUUAUGUUUAAAAGAUAUAUGACAAUCUCUUAUAAUGA